AUGGUUUUUGAGGAAUAUCCUUUGAUCGAGAGGUUUUUCAACAAGUUUCAGGUAAAAUGCAAGUUCCUUAUUUGUCAAACUUUCUUUCUAAUUUAAAGUCCGCCAAACUUGAUGACUUCUGGGAUCGUGCCCAUUACCUCUACACAACCUCGCUACUGAUUUUCUUCGCGCUUCUGAUAGGAUCGAAGCAAACUUUCGGAGAACCCAUCACUUGCAUGGUUCCAGCCAACUUUCCGGGUAUGUUCUUUGAUUUUGGAGUUUUCUCUGAUGUUUUGGGAACCUUUGUUAUGUCGAAAUUUCAGGGAGAAAUUGUUUUUUAGCUUGAUUUUAUGCCUAUGUUGUUUUAGGUAACAAUGAUGAUUUGAAAUGAAAGAAAAAGGCAAAACUUUGUUUUAAUUGUUGAACGUUUUCAAGAAUUUAACUGUAGAUAAUAUUUUGUCAUUUUCUUUUAACGAAUAACAAAUCUCGCUGUUUGGAAACUGUUUUGACUCAAAUCUUGAUCUUAUUCUAAGGUCUUACUAAUAAUAGAUUUAUAUUUCAGGAAGUUGGGGUCAAUACAUUCAUCAGUACUGCUUUGUGACCGGAACAUAUCACACUAGGAAUGGAUCUCAUGUUGACAGUGGAGGUAGUGAAGUUAGUGUUGAUUACUAUCAAUGGGUUCCGUACUUCCUAGCUGUGGUGGCGCUGAUGUUCUACGCUCCUCACUUACUCUGGAUGACUCUUCAGCAUCAAUCAGGUAAUUUAUUUAGCUUUAAAUGUUGUUAAUGGUGCAGUGACUGUGUAUUUAUAAAUAUGUUGUUUUAGACGUUUUAUUUUGAUUUCUUUUCCAUUUCAGAAGUUGACUACGAGAACAUUGUGGAGAGGUGUUGCAAAGUUCGUUCGAAGAGCCAAAAGGAGCGCAAAGAAGAGAUCCACGAGAUCGCCGUGUAUUUGAAGGAGUCUUCUUUGAUCAGACAUCGUGCCGGCUUGAUGAGUUCUCUUGGCUGGUUUGGAACAGCUUUCUACAUUCUCACAAAACUUUUGAACGUCUUGAAUGUUUUCAUGCAAAUUCAGAUUCUGAAUUCGUUUCUUGGAUCAGACUCGAGCUACUGGGGAUUCAAAGUAAGUGUUCUUCAUAUUAGUGGAAACUUUGGCUUAUUUCGUAGAAACGAUAUUGUUUUUGGUAUGAAUUAAUUGAGUUUUUACAAACGUUCGGCUUUUAGGUUCUUGAAAAUGGAUUGAACGGACUCUACUGGGAAGCCACCGGCUUCUUCCCUCGCGUUUCCUUCUGCAACAUCGAGCGUCUGAAGGUGGGAGCCUAUGAAAACAAUGUUCUUCAGUGCGCCCUGAUGAUCAACAUGCUGAAUGAGAAGGCAUUUGUGAUAAUCUACAUCUGGAUGGUCGGUUUGAUGAUUCCAACAGCUUUGAACUUGAUCUACUCUGUCGUCAUGUGUGUUUCGCCAAUGAGAUUGUGGCAAGCACGUCGAUUCUUGCGUCAUGUUCUCAAAAGCUCGCCCUACAACAAGGCAAAUGGUAUGUUAUUAGAGACAAUAAUUUUUAUUAUUCUUGUUGAUUUAGAGCAAUAGGUACAUUAAUUGAUAUAUUGUAUUAUAUUUUGGUUUUGUUGUUUUGUAUUAGUUUGAUAUAUUUAGGUUACCACGAGUACCAUGUUAUCAACAAGUUCGUCAACCAACUCUUGAGUUUUGACGGCCUUUUGUUGUUGCGCUUUGUUCACACUCAUGCUGGAUUCUUGGUGGCUUCUGAAUUGGCCGGAGAACUCUUUUCCUUGUACCAUGAAGAAGAUCGUGUACUCUUGAUGGACAACCGCAGAAACCAGGGUAUUUGUGUUUUAGAUAUGGCUGUUUUAUGUUGUAUUUGUUGUUGUUUUAGAUAAUCUUACAUUUUACGAAUAUUUUUUGCGUUUUUUUUUAUUUUUUAACGUUGUUUUACAUUUCAAAUUUUUACGUUGUUAUUUGUUUUUGUUUCUGUUAUUAAAAACUUUUUAUUUGGAGUUGUGAUCUUAACGUAGUAGUUUCAGGCGGAUACUCAAACGAACUGACUUUGUCCCCAAGUUUGCUCAAGCAACAAGCUCAGACCUUUUACGAAAAGACUCCACUCGAUGCUCCAUCCAUCACGGAUUCGUUAGGAUCUCGAUACGAAGCGUGAGUCACCUGGGUAAUAGUCUUGUCUAAUCUAAGUUGUAGUAGUAAUUUAUAGAAAAUUUAAAUAAUUAUAGGUUAUGAAUAUAGUGUAGUUGGCAAGUAUUGCUACUUGGGAACUGAUCUGAUAAGAUUUUAGGGAACAAACGUAUCCAGCAAGCUCAAAAUGCUAA